AUGGGUGAGAGCCAAGCCAUCAUGUGUGUCAAGCGCUUCGCAGUCGAAAUUGUGCAAGUGUUUGGCCAGGAGUAUUUGAGAUCUCCCAAUGCUGAAGACGCCGCAAGGCUAUUGGAGAUGAACAAAGCUCGCGGCUUCCCUGGUAUGCUUGGCUCAAUGGAUUGCAUGCAUUGGAGUUGGAAGAAUUGUCCAAAGGCAUGGCAUGGGCAAUUCCACGGCCAAAAAAAGGGUUCAACUAUAAUCCUUGAAGCGGUGGCCGAUCAAGAGACUUGGAUUUGGCAUGCAUUCUUUGGAAUGCCUGGAUCUUUGAAUGACAUCAAUGUUGUCAACCGGUCACCACUGAUGAAUAAGAUUGCAAAUGGUGAUUUGCCACCGGUGCAGUUUGUAGCAAAUGGCCAUACAUAUAACUACGGCUAUUAUCUAGCGGAUGGCAUCUAUCCAAAGUGGCAAACCUUUGUGAAGCCGUUGAAAAAGCCGGAAGGUAGGAAAAAUCUUGAUUUCCAUAAUGCUCAGGCAGCGGCUAGAAAAGAUGUGGAGAGAGCUUUUGGGAUUUUGCAAGCCCAAUUUGCUAUUGCUGCCAAGGUUAUUCCUCGGGAGUGCCUCCCCCGGCGCAGUCCCACCGGCGGCUUUGAGCCGAUCACAGUCUUUAUACGUGUCGAUGGGGACGGGAACUACCUCCUCAGGUUAAUGAAUCAAGGUGGGGUUCCUUCACUAGAGGUUUCUAUAGAAAAAGCUCUUUAUUGGCCUGAUGGCAGAAGGAAGAAGCGUUCAAGAUCGUAUAUGAUCCAGCAAGUUCAUAAUCGAAUGUGCCGAUUACUUCAAGCUUUGGUGGACAAGCAUAAUGAGGAUCAUAGUCUUUUGGGGGAUCUUGCAUAUGAACUUAAAGAUGUUGUGCACUGCAAAACAAUUUGUGAGACGCGUACAAACUACUAUCAUCUCAAUUUCACUAUGACCAAAGGAGCUGGUGAUUCUUACUGUGGCAAUGAAAACCUUUUCUUUGCGGAAGUCAAAUGUGUGCGACAAGGAAAAGAAGAGGAAAUGUUGGUCAGCUGUUUCCGCGUGGUUGAAUCUACCGAUAAUGGACACUGCUAUGGUUGUACCAAGGAUGGGGAUGUCAAUAUGAAGCACCCCAACAGUGCUGGUGAAUACCUUGCCGGUCACUUGAAGGUGGGUUCAUCCUUUGGACAUUGUUAUGUAGGCUGGAGCAGCGACUCGGACGACGAAGAUGUGGAAGCUAACAAGAAGAAAGAGCACAUGAUUAUGUUCGGUAAUGGCAUAUCUUUGGCUUUAGAACACUAUUUCUACUAA